GUUUAAAAAUCUAAGUCAUUUUCUUCCUUUCUAGGCUAAAAAUGGAGGUUGGUAGGUAAGCUAAAUAACAACGUUGCUAUAUAAGCACUUUGCACAUGUGCGUAGCAUACGGAGAUCCAACGAAAUUAAAAUAGCUUACUCAUUGUUAAAGUCAUUAUGUGUUCUUAAAGAUAUAAGAAAAGGAAGAAGAAGAAUUAUAUGGAGAUGUUAGGCCAAGAGGAAAUCGUAAUCAUUGGAGGUGGAAUUUGUGGGCUUGCCACCGCCCUCGCUCUUCACAGGCAAGGUGUUAGAAGCAAAGUACUUGAAAAAUCAGAGACAUUGAGAACUACAGGAGUGGGAAUCAUAGUAAGACCAAAUGGUUGGCGAGCACUUGAUCAGCUUGGUGUUGCUGCAAUUCUUAGGCAGACAUCUGCUCCUAUUCAAGGAGGGCAACAUAUAUCAGUUCAUGAUGGAAAGCGAAAGAACUUGCCAGGGGAUGGAGAAACUCGAUGUUUAAGACGAAACGAUCUUAUCAAAGCAUUGGCCGAUAAUUUGCCAGUGAACACUGUACAAUACGGAUGCCGAGUUGAGUCCAUACAAGUGGAUCCAAUAACCACAUACCCUAUACUCCAUCUCCAUGGUGGACGUGUCCUUAAGCCCAAGAUUGUGAUUGGUUGUGAUGGUGUGCACUCUACCACUGGAACCUUUCUGGGCUUAAAUUCACCAAAAUUUUCUCCAACAUGUGUCAUAAGAGGCUUCACAUAUUACCAGAGUGCGCAUGAAUUUGGUAAUGAGUUUCAUCUAGUGAGCAGCAAAUGCGUUCAGCUUGGAAUAGUGCCCGUUAAUGAAAAAUUGAUUUACUGGUUUGUAACUCGGGAGUGGGGUUCUGAAGAUCCAAAGAUUUCAAGAGAUCAAAAACGUAUUAAGGACUCAACACUAGAAUUACUCAAGGGUUACCCUGAAAACACAGUGCACUUGGUGAAGAAUAGCCACCUAGACUCCUUGUACCUAACAGGCUUGACCUACCGUGCGCCAUGGGAUUUACUGACAUCAAACUUUAGAAAAGGGACCGUGGCAUUAGCCGGAGAUGCAAUGCAUGCAAUGGGUCCAUUCCUAGCACAAGGAGGCUCGGUCUCACUGGAAGAUGCAGUAGUGAUUGCCAGAUGUUUAGCACAAAAGUUGAAUACUAGAACAAUGAAAGAUACAAGAAUAAAAGUUUUGAUAGAGGAAGGAUUAGAUGAUUAUAUGAAACAAAGAAGAAUGAGAGUGUUUUGGAUGUGUUUGCACACAUACUUAAUUGGAUCAGCAUUCCAUUCUUCGGCAUCGGUAAAGCAACUGUUGAGCAUUGUCCUCCUAAUAAUUCUUUUUAGAGAUUCAAAUAAGCACACUCGAUAUGACUGUAGCCAGUCUUCCUAAGUUAUUAUUUUUUAUUUUCUUGGCUGUAUUGUUCGGAUAAUUGAAUUUGAUAUAAAUGUAAUAAGACUCUAAUAUUGACUAUAGGGUAUGUCAUUUUCAUCACAUUAUUGAUGAUAUUAAGUGGCUUUGUUCUAAUCUUAA